UCUAUAGAGCCCGCAGUGCUGUGUGCAGCACAGCUUGGAAGCUGCCUGUGCCUUCAUUCCAUCAGCAUGAAAGUGUCCCCUGCCCUCAGCUUCCUCCUGGCUUUCCUGGACCCUGGGACCUCCCUUCAGUGUGAGGUUUGUCAUGGCAUAGGAAGAAGCUGCUCUGGUCCCAUGAAAACCUGUAGCAGUGAUGAGGAUACUUGUGGCAUCGUGGUGCAUGCGGUUGUGAUGGGGGGGAUGGAAAUCCCUUCCACCACCAAGUCCUGCAUGCCAUCCAGUGUUUGCCAGGUUGGCCCUAUCCCUAUCACCAUGAACUACGGGAAGGCAAAGGCAAGGAGCCAGUUGGCUUGCUGCACGGGCCAUGAGUGUGAAACAAUCUCUGUCUCAUUGCCUCCAGAGGACAACGUGCCAAAUGGAUACCAGUGUCCUGCCUGCUACAGCGUGGACUCCUUCCAGUGUAGUAAUGAAAUUGUAAACUGCACUGGAUCUGAAACCCAGUGUGUUGACCUUGCUGGGUUAGUUAAUUCUGGUGGAAUGACUCUGAAAGCUGCCAUGAGGGGUUGCACCACCAUUUCUGAAUGCACUAUGAUAGGAGAUGGAAAAACCAAUGUGGGGAUGAUGGACAUAAAGUUAAAGCAGUUCCAAUGCACACCAGCUUCUACUAGGGACAUGCUGAAUUCUGGGUUUACCACUCCAGACACCCUCUUCCUCUCUGUGCUGUCAGGAUUCAUCCUGGAGAAGGCACUUUUCUGACUCUAGAACUGUGUUAAGCAAAGCCCAUGACAGGCUCGAACAGAUGUUUGCAUCCAGUCCUGUUUGCCAUGGCUUCUACUGUGUGAGUUUCUUUUCAAAUUUGUAAUUUCACAGAAUAAAGGUAGUGCACUUC